AUGGUUUCUGAGGUGCCUAUUGUCCCCAGUCAUGUGCAUUCUAUUAACGAUUCUGUGUCAGCAGAAGAAGCUGCAGACGAUUAUGAAUUUGUCAUUCGACAGUUAGUGAAGACCCGUAUUGUAAGUGUGUCAGAGAUUAGUGACUGUCCAAAGUUUGAUCUCAUUCUGCUCGGAUUGGGUCCAGACGGCCAUGUUGCCUCUUUGUUUCCCAACCACUCAGCAAUCAAUGAAAGGGAAGAAUGGGUAACUUUCAUUACUGACUCCCCUAAACCUCCACCUGAGAGAAUCACAUUCACCUUGCCUGUUAUCAAUUCUGCAUCUAAUGUUGCAGUGGUUGCCACAAGUGACAGCAAAGCGGAAGCCGUACACUUGGCAAUAGAUGAUGUUGGACCCGAAUGCCCGUUAAUACCAGCAAGAAUGGUCCAACCAGCUAUGGGGAAGUUGGUGUGGUUUUUGGAUAAACUGGCUGCCUCAAAACUUGAAGAAUCCAAUUUGAAUAAGUAG